AUGGCUGAAAUUAGAAGAAAACUCGUGAUCGUGGGCGAUGGUGCAUGUGGUAAAACAUGUCUUUUAAUUGUGUUUUCAAGGGGAACUUUCCCAGAGUUAUACGUCCCUACUGUCUUUGAGAACUAUGUAGCAGAUGUCGAGGUUGAUGGUAAAAAUGUCGAAUUGGCUCUUUGGGAUACAGCAGGUCAAGAGGAUUACGAUCGUCUUCGUCCUCUCUCUUAUCCUGAUUCUCAUGUCAUUCUCAUCUGUUUCUCUAUUGAUUCUCCUGAUUCAUUGGACAACGUUCAAGAAAAGUGGAUCUCUGAAGUUCUUCAUUUCUGUCAAGGCCUCCCCAUCCUACUCGUUGCCUGUAAGAAAGAUUUAAGAAACGAUCCUGGAAAGAUUGAAGAGCUAAGAAAGACAUCUCAAAGACCUGUUACUGCUGAAGAGGGCUUGGGUGUUGCACAAAAGAUUGGUGCCUACAAGUAUCUUGAAUGCUCUGCAAAGACAGGAGAAGGUGUCCGUGAAGUUUUCGAAAAUGCCACUCGUGCCGCUUUAAUGAUGAACAAGCCCUCAGGUAGAACCUCAAAAAAGAAGUGUUGCAUCUUGUAA